CAAGCGUGUAUUACAUGUGUAUAUUUACAAUAAUAUUAAUAAAUGAUAUAUGUAUAUGAUUUUCUGGCAUUACUCAUCGAUUUAAAUCUUUAAACUUUAUAAAAUUGUGAGAAGAUACAAGGGCAUAUUAUUACUGAUAAAAGAUAAAACAUUAGUAAUUUAUUUUAAAAAUGACGUUCAAUGCAAGAAGAUUGGAGAUAGUAUUAAAGGAGGUGAACGCAGAUCUUGAACAUGAAGGUGUACUUACGGAAAGGUUGACACAAGAUAUAUGGACUAAGUUGAUGUCAAACUUGAUGCAGGGCGAAUAUAUGAUGGCUAUUCCGAUAAGACAAGAGCUGCAGAUACAUAUAAGGAAGAAACGACCAGACAAAAUCUACACGUUCAAUCAAAUUAUACACAGGCUUGAUGAAAUCUUAGACAGAUAUAUCCCUCCACCUGAUCUGACAGAUAGGAAAAGGGAGAAGAAAGGAAAACAGAAACAAGUACAAAUAAAAGAACCAGUAGAACAUCUCCCUACUGUUGAAAAGGUUCCAGAUGCAAUGCAUGUGGUGGGUCAGAAAUCUCAAUGGCUUCACACGUCUACCCGGAAUAUGAAUGUACAGAUAGAGAGAGAAGACGAAAAAACAAAAUCAAAUAGAGAAAUGGCAAUCCAAACUUCAAAAACAGUCUUAAACGAAGCCACCACACAGAUUAAAGGUGACACAUUCAUCGCCGCAUCUAGGAAAGAUGAAUCAGUCGGGACAGAUAAAGAGGAGAAGUAUGAAGAAGACGAGAUUUCACGAGAACAGUAUUUUACGAUGCAAGCAAACGAAAGUGUUCUCAGGACAACAAUUGACGACCAGCAGAUGAAAAUUAAGAUUUUGGAAGAAUCUGUAACUCAGCUUGAACGAAAGAAUAUGACUUUAAUGGGAGAAAUACAAUCUAUCGGUACUGAAAAGGGUGAGAAGAUCGACGUGUAUAAUAAGGCGGAGAGGGAAAUAAAGUUUCUCAGAAAUGAGUUGAAGAUAAAGGAGAGAACAUUGCAACUGAGUUUGAUUGAGAGAAACGAGCUUCUUGAUAGGUUAAGUGCUGUAACGUCCACAAAAAUGGCAAAUGGAAACUCUAACACGACAGAACUUGGUGAGGUACUGCGUCCAACCCAAAUUGCUGACAAAUACUCAAAACUGUUUGACAGUGAAUGGACAGACGCGUUCCAUCUUCUAACACUGGAAAUGAAGGAAGAAAAAACUGUUAUACAAUGGUUGCUUGAGAUUCUACAGGAUUCAUACUGGUUUUGUGUCAACACAAACGAGUCACAUACGAAACUGCUUCUUGACAGUUUGCUUCAUCCUUUCAGACGGACAUCUGAAACAAAGGCUGCUGACCCGCAUGUGCUAGAUGAUUGUUCGAGGAAUCUUCUCACUAAUUUGAAGAGAUCGGCCGCAAAGGAUGUCGUGCCCCAGGUGCAAGUGCAAUUUUUCCAAACUAUGCAAAAAACAAAGAAGAUAUACUACGAGGACAAAACUGCAAAGAAACUGAUGUCAUACAUAGACAAAUGUGUAGAGUUAUCCUGGUUUAUGGUGAAUCAAGAUCCGCCCUGUGUUUCUUGAUGAUAAACCUCCAAAGCUGGUGACGAGUUGGACAGAGAUAUUUAUAGAUUUUACACAAAAUCUGGUUCAAAAGUAGACUUUUUGGUGUGGCCAGCAUUGUACCUUGCCAAAGGAGGAUAUUUAUUACUGCAAGGUGUUGCCCAACCCAAACAAGAGGGCAUAGCCUUGAGAAUUGCUUCAUCAAAGUCAGUUAGAUCAUAUAACCAUUUAAACUACGCGUAAAACGAGAAGAAUAUGUAUUAUCAUAAAUUACUGUUAAAUAAAAAAUGUAUAUGUUGAUAGCAAGCAUGGCGAAAUCUACACCAGUAAUAAUACGCCAUGUACCCGGAUAAUCCUAACUCUGUUCAGCGACCCUAACUCAGUGCCAACAUGGCUGACAGAAAGACGAUGUAUGUAGUUAAUUUCCUUGUCUUUUUUCAUGUUUUUAUGUGAGUAUGCAAUGUUACCUUAAAACUUUUGAUUGUCAUAAUAUCCUGUAUUAAUAACAUGUUUUGUGUACUAAAUAUUUCAAUCGAAAUGUCACAUUAUGUAGCUGGAAUUCAUUAAAAUGUACUCAAAAAAGUCUUCAAAAUGAACAUGUUUUAUGUUUCUCACUGUUUUAAAGUACCAGAAAUUGCAGUAAGACCUUACUUAUUAAAUGUAUUAGUUCCAUAAAUAUCUCUUUGACAAUGUUUAACAGUAUCAAAGUUUGAAAUUGAUUUUUAUAGCUUAAAAAUUGUAUUGAUUAUGAGGUGGGUUUAAAUUUGCGGAUAAUUCCUAACUGGUAUAGGAAACAGUGCUGGAUAAAUACGAACUUAGAAUGGAUAAACACCUAACCAAACGAAAACGGCGGUUCGUCUGUGCUUUUUUAUGGACUGUUGAUGCUCGAAGUUCUUUGAUCUACCCGCCCCUGCAGGGAUGUGGGAUUCCUAUGUCCAACUUAUCCGACUCGUGAUUUUUUUGCCGGCGGACAAGUGCAUUUUUCAUUCUGUGUGUCCGCGAACAAGCAUACUUUUUCAGGUAUAAAUUGAGAAAACAUAAAAUAUCAUUUAGAUUGCGUGUUGCUUCAAGUAUAUGGAGGUGAUAAAGAUAAUGGGUUCUUUGACUAGGUCUCGCGAACACUGUAACUCGGUGACUAUGAUAAAAUAUCAGAGAAGAUUUAGAUACAAGAAGAUUUAUUUAACGUCGGAUAAGUAUAAACAUAUAACACUAGCUUAAAGCUAUUUUCCGGCAAACACAUGUAAAUAAGCUCGACAUAAGUAAAUCAGCUGUAAUAAAAUGCAAAUAAGUUAAAGCACAUUAAAGCAAAUAAAGCAUCUGGCUCUAAGUAGAUAAGAAACAAAUCACAAAUUAUCACAUACAUGUUACAGCGCAUUAAAACAAAAUAGCACAUAGGUACUAGCAAAUAAAAGGAAAAAGUAAUUUACCACAUACAGAUUUAGCACAUUUAAAGCAACAUAAAAAAGAUUAGCUGACACUACACAAAAAAUAAGAAGAGUCACAUUUUACAACAUGCAUUAAAAAAAAACAUAAAAGAAGAAAUCAUAUACAUGCUAAAGGGAACAUAAGAACUACUUAAAGUAGCUGAAGAAAAAUAUUUGCAUCAUCAGCAUAUAGCAUUCUGUAACUAAAACUAAAAAAGGAAAACAAGGGUUACACACAGAGAACUAAAAGGACAUUUAAAGACAUCAGAAACGUAAACAACUUAAAAAAAAGUAUUAUGACAAGUUUGUAAGUAGAAUUCCAACUGCUGAGACAAUAAGUCACUGUCAAAGGAAAUAUUUGAGCCAGUAGUCAGCCAAAUUAAAAUCAAAAGCACACAGAGAUCGCAAGUAUGACUAAAACAAGCCGGAACGUUUUAAGAGUCUUUCUCUGAAUUCAUCUGGCUUUGCACCAUUGCGUGGGCAGUGUUUCAGGCAUGAUCUCAAAAGAUCCCGAACACUGCUUACGCGAUUUCAGACUUUUAUAAACGUUAAAAGGCAAAUAUUUCAACAGCUUAUUUUUUACCACAGUUACUGUGAUAUGCUUUUUUUAUUGUCCUAAAUAAAGAACUCGAUCUCCAGUCUAUUUGCGCUUUCAUGAAGGUUUGAUAUUACAAAUCAGAGCAAGUGAAAUUUGACUAUGGACAAGUGGAUUUUUAAGUUCCGUGGACAAGCGAAAAAUGUAAGGAUACCCACACCCCUGUCCCAUCAGUCCAUGCACCACUCCCUCACCCCACCACACCACACCACACACACACUUUUCUUCCCUAUUUACCGUCUGAAAAAUAUCAUAUUUAAUAAUUAAUCAUAAAUCUAAUCCCAUUUAAACAAUUUCAAAAAUAUUCCAUUAGCACCUCUAUAAAAAUCUCUUACACUAUACGAUAUACAAGAUUUGAAACAAACACAAUUCUUCUGAAACAGUGUGUGUGUGUGUGUGUGCGUGCGUGCGUGCGUGUGUGUGUGUGUGAGAGAGAGAGAGACAGAGAGAGGGGGGGGGGGAGAGAGAGACAGGGUUGGGGACUACAGAACUUCGAACAUCGGUGGUAUUAAAUAUAAUAAUUUUGACUUUUAUACUGAGUUAUUUUUGAGGGUUUAUCCAGAUUUUUCCAAACAUUGCUAUUUGCAUAAUAUUAAAAAUAUGAAAAAAUAUUUGACUGUAGUGGGCAUACAUAUAACAUCUUGUAAAAUUAAUGACAAAUUAAUUAAUGAAGAUUUUAUCCUUACAUUUUUCUCUUAUCCACGGAACUUAAACCGACAAUACCGCUUAUAAAGUAAUGUUUACAAUAAUCACACCAUGUACAUGUCAACUCAUUCAUUUCUAUAGAAUACUAGUCAGUUAGGUGUUUAUCCGUCACGCAAUUUCGUGUAAGUUAGGUUUUUAUCCAUUCCUCAUGUAAACUGAGUUCGGUUUUUAUCAGCUCAAAGUUAGGUUUUUAUCCCUUUUCUCGCUGCCAAUACAUUUGAACAUGUAUUGUGUCAACAUGUAGUGGGUUAACAACAUAGUGUAAACGGGCCUAUAAAGCAGUAUAUCUUUGCUUUCAAACAACAAAAUACUCGAGGCAUCAAAAGCAUAGAAGUAUUUUUAAAGAUUUUUUGUAAAAGUUUUCAUUGAAAAAGUUGCCUUGUUCGUCGUUUUUCCACCUGAAAACACAAGGGUUGAUAUAUUUAACAUGAUGCAUUUUGAAAUAAAUAUACACUUGAUCAAUGGAGAUAGAUAUAACAACAGAAACAUUCCUUUAUACAUCGUAAUUACACAGAAAACAAAGUUGUAUCGGCUUUACAUCCGCCAUGUUGGCACUGAGUUAGGGUCGCUGAACAGAGUUAAGAUUAUCCGGGUACAUGGCGUGAGUAAAGUUUUGUGAUGUCGUUUCUAUUGCGAAUUGUGCCUUUCACGGAUAUGUAAAUGACUUUUAGUGAAAAAAUGUUUGGCUUGCACAGUAUAUUGGAUUCUUGAAGAUUAGAAACUGCAAUAAAAGUUGAAUUAUUUAAACUAAGUACAUGUAAAAAGGUAAUGUACAAAUAAUAUGACAAAGGGUCUGUCAGACUCCUUUUUGCUUCAAAGAUAAAAUCUAUGUGUUUGAUAAAGACCACUGUUUGUGUAUUUUAUUUAUGACAUCUGUAUAUUACCAAUCCUGCCUUUUUUCAAAUAAGUUUGAACGGUUAUGUCUUGUCUUUCCUUUAAGGUCUGUCUAUACGCAUUCAAAAAUACCAAAAAUAAAGGGUGGCCAUAAUGCAAGGACACC